AGCUCCUUCCCUUCUCCGCCACGACGUGUCUCAUCUACAGGACCACCUGGCGGUAGCAAACCUCACAAAUGCGAGAUAUGUGGGAGAUGUUUUGCUUUGUCAAGAAAUCUCAAGUCACAUGAAUUAAUUCACACUGGAAAAAAACCUCACACGUGUGAAAUUUGUGGGAAAUCUUUUGCUAGAAAGAACCAUCUGAAGACACAUUUCUUAAAUCACACAGGAAAGAAACCUCACAAAUGUGAGAGUAGUGGAAAAUCAUUUGCUGGGUCAGGCGAUCUCAAUACACAUGCAUUAGAACACAUUGGAAGGACACAUCAGAAAGAAACUACAAGUAAGCCUUAG